AUGCGCAAGCGGAAAAGGGAUCAUGACAACCCUGCAACCAUCGCGUUCACCGCUUUUGCCCAGUUGUCCCCAGAUUUGAAUCGUGUGAGCUUGAGGAGGUUCGGCGAGCAGCGAAGCAGAACAGACAUGGAGGAGUGGGAAACUAGCAAGGAAAACAUUCAACCUCUUAGGCGUGGCAGAGACAUCAAUGCCCUUACCGAAACCAUCCAGUCCUCUAACCCCGCUAUAAUGGAGCAACGCCAACAUGAAUUUGAAAUGGAGUUGAGAAGCUACAAGGGUGAGGAUCCCUUGAAGAUAUGGUUUGACUAUGUGCAUUGGGUGGAGCAGCACUUUCCACGUGGUGGUCAUGAUGGUCAUCUGAUUCCAUUGGUCAAAAAAUGCAUUGGAACCUUCAAAGAAAAUAUUCAGUAUAGGAAUGAUCAAAGAUUUCUGGAGAUUUGCUCAAAGCUUGGAUACUCAUGGGAUCCACUGGAAUUAUAUGAAUACCUUUAUAGUCAGCAAAUUGGAACCAUGCUUUCCUCCUUCUAUCAAGACUGGUCUUGGGAACAUGAGAAAGUUGGAGAUUUCCAUAAGGCAAUACAAAUCUUAGCUCUUGGUGUGCAAAACCAUGCCCAGCCAAUGGAGGACCUUGCUUCUUACCAGGUGAAUUUUGAGCUGCGGAUGUGUCAGCAUAUCAACGAACUGAGGAAUUUCUCAGAAGAAGAUUAUGCAUCACAGACACGUAUCUCAUUGGGUCGACUUCAUUCUUUUGGAAAACAUGCUCCCAUCAUCCGAGUGGGACCUGAUGUUCAGGCUGGUCCCCCUGGAGCAACAUCAUCAGCAUCCCUUCAGCUGCAUAGACAAUCACAGAUUCCAGUAUUUCGUGAUGAGAAUGGUGAGCAAAAAGCUUUUCCUGCAGGACAGAAAGAAUUGCUCCCUCUGCCUUCAAAGAAGACCAACAAGGAGAACAGUCAGGAUCCAGGUGUAUGGACCACAGUUAGAGCUCCCAGCAAAGAAGUUCCAAAAGUCCGUCUUGAUCAGGUUGACAAACAUUUUACUCAUUUUCAAGUCCAUGAAGAUGCAGAUGCAAUCCUAGAAACAAAAGAUGUUGGAGAAAAGCUUGAUUUGAAUGGAGGUCUGACUGUGCAUCAGGAGGGUGACCAGUCUCCCAAGCGAUUAGAGAGAGAUCUACAAUCUAGUACCUUUCCUCAACUUCCUCCCAAUCAGAAGCUCAUGGUUCCAAAACUCCUGUUUCUUGGAGCUAGGGAAUCAAGUUUGGAGGAGCUGCGAGCCAUUCACUGUCAUAGCAAAGCUCAGACUUGCAUUGUUAAAACAAGAAUUGAAAAAGUUCAACAUGAGGGAGACAUCUUGGGACCCUUGCCUUAUGAGGAUGACCCACAAAUAUAUGGCAGUAAGGAUGUGAAAUUCAUGGUAGCUUUUCAAAAGGUCUACCCUCCUGAGCUCCUUAGGCUCCUGCCUCAAGAAUGCCAAAGCCUCAGGAGAGGCAGAGAAAGGAGCUUUGAAGAAAUCCGAGCAAAAGCAUACCUGAGUGGCCAGUAUAUGAAGCCCUCUGAAGUGGAGGAAUCUCUGCCAUACAUCCCAAACCCAGAUUCACCUAAUCCUAAGAGAAGGUACAUGUUCCACAGGGAGGCAAUAUAUCCUGCUGAAGUGCCUCCUGGUGCUGCCAGGGAAUUCCUUUUUGAAGAAUUACGUGCUGAAUAUUAUUUAUCACAUGCUCACCCCAGAAACUCUUGCUGGCAGGCACCAAGCAUUGUGAAACAGAAUAUUGUAGACCAUCAUACCCAUGAUACUGAUAUGCAGCCAGGACCAGGAAUGAGGUUCAUGUUCAAUGUCCAUGGCUCAAGGGUCAAGUCUCUACCACAUUCAAGGUCCCAUGUUGGAGAAUUCUCCUUUGAAGAAAUUAGAGCUUUUGAUCAUCUCUAUUGUUGCUGUGAGCCAGUGAAACAUUCUGGAGAAACUAGAGGAUUUGAGAAUCUCCAUCAUGAUAAGGAGAGAUAUAUUGUUGAGGAGGAGGAAGUGAUAGUGUCUAAAGUUUGUAGGAGUUUUACUCCUGCAUCAUCAACUGAAAAGAUUUCGGGCAUGGGUCUGAGUGAUGAUGAGAUCUCAGAAAAGGAAAGUUCUACUACUCAUCAUUCCUCAUCCAAAAGCCCUCGUGGAGACUCAAUUUCUGGAUCCAAGACUCCCAAUGCCACCUUUAAUUGCACUGAAACAACUAGGGAAGCAUUGAAGGCUAUGAGUGAUAUCUGGUGGCAUAAUUCCAUUUCUUCCAUGAAUACCAACCCUAGUACAGGAAUAGAAGUCUCAACUAGGAUACAGGAUGAUGCAGAGGAAGGGAAAACAAAUGUACAGUUCCAGAUCUACAGGGAUCAAAGCAUUUGUCAUGUUGAGGAACAUGUACAAGAGGUUCAUCCUAAGCCAGCAAUCCAGAUCCACAAAGAUCCAAGCAUAUGUGAUGGUGAAAAUGAAAAUGCAAAGGAAUCCCAUCAUGUUCCUGAGAUUAUCGUUCACUCAAUUGCUGGAGUUGCUCUUGCAGAACCCUUUCGAAUCUAUAUGGAUGAGUCUCCAAAGCAGAGCUUUACAAGACAAGUUGAUAAUGAUGGUGAGAACCAGGACAGAGCUCAUCCUAAAAAUGAUGAAGCUUGCUGGAAGCAAUGGGAUCAAGAAAACCAGCCUUUGAACCUCCUGCUUCAAGAAUACCUUGAUGAUGAAGAGGAGACCCCAUUCAAAGAGAAUGAACCUCCAAGAGAAUACAUGCCUGGAGAGAAAAGAAACCCUCAGGGUAUCUUAGUUCCUGCUGCUGAUGUCCCUGUUCUUCCAAUUGAUGAGCAGGAAGCUCAGGAAAUAGAAAAGAAUGAAGAAAAUGAGAAGCCAGAGAAACUCUACUUUAAGGAAGCAAAUGAAGAAGAGAGAACAGGGAGGAACUUCUUGGAGGAUGAGCCAACCACAGUGAUAGCUUCUCAUCCAGAACUGUUUAAGAAAGGCUUGACCAAGGCUUUCUCCAAAUCCACUCCUCUUCACAACAAGAGACGAAUCCUUGAUGAGGAAGAUGCUGGUCAGGAGGAAUGCACAAUGAAGCUCUUCCUUCUUCCUAGUUUCAAGGUUCAAGGUCAAAAUGAUGAUGAUGAUGAGGUGAACAGAGGUGAGAUAAAAGAGAAUGAAGGACUGAAAGGAUCAGACCCUCCUCAUGUUCUUACAUCUAAUCCAGUCAAGAGGAUGAGUCGGAGGUUUGAUGCUGCUGGAGCUUUUUCAAACCUCUCUGUGAUCAAGGAAGUCACCACAAGUUCAAGCAGUUCAGGUUUUUCUCGCACUGACUUAGCUGUUUCAUCAUGCAUCAGUCCCUUGUCAGCAAAGAAGCCUCAGACACCAACAGCUGAAGAUGGCCCUGAUAAUCAAGGGGGAAUGGGGAAGUCAUUUGGGCAGACCUCAAGAAACCCAGCUUUGAGCAUGGGUAACACCAAAUCUGGAUAUCUGGCUGAUGGAGAGAUUUCAGUCCUGGAACCAGAGGAGAAUCUGUAUGAAACCUUUCAUGGAGAAAGAGAAGAAAACAUCCCUCCUCAAGUUGAUCCAUUUGAUUCCAAAGAGAUUGAAAGAUUUCUCCAGAGUAUCAAGCCCCCAUUGGAAAGUCGUCCUUUUGUUGAGAUUUUACCUGGCAAGAUUUCAAAACGGAUCAAAGUCAACUCUCUUGUCACUCUAGGCCAGGAGAAGUAUAGGAUCAAAGGAUGCUGUGGGGAAGGUGCAUAUGCUAAAGUGUAUCAUGCUGAGAGGGAGGACUUAGAUGACAUGUCAGAUAUGACUAUUGUCGGUCUUGAUGCUGAAGUGGCUUUGAAGCUCCAAACACCACCCUGUCCUUGGGAAGUGUAUAUAUGUACUGAACUUCAUUCUCGUCUGAAGAAUCUCAAUACUGAUUACUGCAUGAGGAGUGGAGUGAUGAAAUGUCAUCAGUGUUACAUGAUGGAAGAUGGGAGCAUCUUGGUUUCUAAGUUUGCUCCUCUGGGAACACUUCUGACAGCAAUCAAUGCCUACAAUUCUGCUCACAAAAGCAUGCCUGAGUGCCUUGUUGCUUACUUCACCUACGAACUCCUUCACAUCAUGGAACAAAUGCAUUCUUGCAAAAUACUCCAUGCUGAUGUUAAGCCUGACAACUUCCUCCUUCAGAGUCUGCCACACAUUGGAAGUGAAAUGGGGAACAAUCAGGCUGUCUUUGGGAAUAAAUGUCAGAGCUUGCAGCUUAUUGACUUUGGUCGUAGCAUUGACAUGAACCUCUUCCCUGAUGGCACCACAUUCUCAGUCUCCUUCACCAAAAAAACAUUCCAGUGCAUUGAAAUGCGAACUCAACGUCCCUGGACAUACCAGUUGGAUUUGUAUGGAUUGGCUGGCACAAUAUAUUGCAUGAUUAAGGGCAGUUACAUGGAGGUGACUCAGUCUUCUGGACAAUGGAUUCCAAUGUCCUUCACUAUGAGCAGGACAUGGAAGAAGGAGUUCUGGAGAAAUCUUCUCAUUACUCUACUGAACAUUGAGUCUUGCGACAACCUACCAAGUCUUUCCAAGCUAAGAGAAGAUUUAAUAAAUGUGAUGGAUUCCUCUUAUCUCAUGGAAGACAUGGAAGAUGCCACAAGAGAACUUGCUGCUCUGCUUGCCAAGGAUUCCUAGACAAAUUGAGACUCUUGAAAAACUUCCCUCUUAUUUUGUGAUGGCGUU